AUGCGACAACCAUCUAAUUUCGAAAACACGAUGGUGGACGGCGGAACAACGGCCAGUGCCUCGAUGAAGACAAUCCGCGAAGGAAGUGCCGAAAUACUGGUGGCCGAACAUGUCUUCUACAAUCCGGUGCAGGAGUUUAACCGCGAUCUAAGCAUCUGCGUGCUGAACACUUUCUCGCGGAUCUACCAGCGAGAGAAGCUACAAGAACAACAGCGAAAUGGUGAGCCCAACAGAACGGUGGUGCCCCUUGAAGCUGGUGUUAAAUACGAAAGCGGUUUGCGCAUCCUCGAAGCUCUUUCAGCGACGGGACUUCGGAGCAUACGCUACGCAAAAGAGGUGCGUGGCGUGCGAGAAGUGAUUGCAAACGAUUUAUCGAAAUCCGCUGUUGAGUCGAUCGAGCAGAACGUGAAACACAACGGACUGGAGAACCUUAUCACUCCCAGCUUCAACGAUGCAAUGACGCUCAUGUACAUGUCAACGAAACCGGAUCAACGUUUCACGGCAAUCGAUCUGGAUCCGUACGGCCACCCAAGCCGGUUCCUCGACGGGGCCGUCCAGAGCGUUGAGGACGGUGGGUUGUUGUUAAUCACAGCCACGGACAUGGCCGUUCUGGCCGGCAACACGCCAGAAGCAUGCUACGUCAAGUACGGUUCGGUGCCACUGAAAACCAAAGCGUGCCACGAAAUGGCACUGCGCAUUUUGCUGCGAUGCCUCGAAACGACCGCCACCCGAUAUGGGCGUUACAUUCGACCGCUGUUGUGUAUUUCGGCCGACUUCUACAUCCGGGUGUUUGUUCGCAUCUACACCGGACAGUACGCGUGCAAGAAGAGCAGCAGCAAACAAGCGAUGGUGUUCCAGUGUACGGGUUGCGAGUCGUUUACGCUGCAACCACUGGGUGUGCUCAAACCGAACCCUACCGAAACCAACCCCAAGCAGAUCAAGUUUGGCCUACCGACUGGACCAUUUAUCGGGAGCCGCUGCGAGCAUUGUAACCAUCAGCACCAUAUGGGUGGCCCGAUAUGGUCGGCUCCGUUGCACGAUGAUGAGUUCCUCGCAGAGUUGGCGCAUACAGUCGAAGAAGAGGAAGCAACGCAUCUAACGACGAUACGGCGCAUCUGCGGCACGCUGGCGGUGAUACGCGAAGAGCUACCGGACGUUCCCCUUUACUACACGUUGGAUCGCCUCUGUGGCAUUUUAAAGCUGGAAUCGAUUUCGAUGUUAAAGUUCCGUUCGGCACUCCUGCACGCCGGGUACAGGGUUUCGUACUCCCAUGCCAAUCGCACGUCCAUCAAAACGGAUGCUCCGAUCGGAGUGCUGUGGGAUAUUCUGCGCUGCUGGCACCGUGUACAUCCAGUUAAGGCGGACCGCUUUCUGGAGGGUGUACCUCUGAGUGCAAUUCUCGCCAAACCGCCAUCUCGUGAGUACAACCUGGACGAGCUGCAUCCGGAAGCGAAUCCUCCUAGCCGAAAAGAAUCGAUGAUGCGAUUUCAGGAAAACCCAGCCGCCCAUUGGGGCCCUGGAACCAGGGCAACACUUAUGAUUAGCGAAGGUAAAAUGUUGAAAAGUGUUCAAAAUCAGAACAAGCGAAAGCAAAAACGAACGCAGACAAAGGCCGCAUUGGCCGUGCUAAACGAUGUCAAGGUUCCGGCUGGCACAUCGCCAGAACGGAAAAUAGCCAGGACAGGCGGAACCGAGGGUGGCAGUCCUUCGCAGGUAGAAGCUUGAAGCAACACGUUGUACCGGUUGCGUGAGUCGUUAUGGAAAUUCUGGGUCGAUUCGGGGGCCGCGGUUUCUAUGGCGGGAAAAGAAAAAUCGAUUAAACGUGAGCAAGCUGUAGUUGAAUCACAUCGAAGUAGCCUGUGAACUAUCGUCAAGAGAUGCACUUUACGUGAAGUGCUAAGGA